CUGCAGCAGGACGUCGUAGAUCAAUGAACCGGACCGGAGGGUUGGUCCAUCGCCUGGGGAGGGGGACCUGAAACACAUCUGUAAGCUCCGGGAUGAUUUUUGCAAACACAGGCAACCCACUGAAGACGACCAAUCGAAAGCAGCAGGUUUCCUGUGUGCAGUCCUACCCCAUGACUCCGUCCAGUCCCAGCAACAGCAGCAACAGCAGCAGCACAGGCCUGGAGCAGCUCAGCAAAACCAACCUGUACAUCCGCGGCCUGCCUCCUGCCACCACAGACCUGGAUCUGGUCAAACUCUGCCACCAGUAUGGAAAGAUUCAGUCGGCAAAGGCGAUUCUGGACAAGACGACUAACAAGUGCAAAGGUUACGGCUUUGUGGACUUCGACAGCCCAGCUGCUGCUCUAAAGGCAGUGCAUGCUCUGAAAACCAGCGGCAUUCAGGCCCAGAUGGCCAAGCAGCAGGAGCAGGACCCCACGAACCUUUACAUUUCCAACUUGCCUCUCUCGAUGGAUGAGAGGGAGCUGGAGAAGAUGCUGCAGCCCUUCGGCCAGGUCGUCUCCACUCGAAUCCUACGGGACUACAGCGGUAACAGCAGAGGCGUGGGCUUUGCCAGGAUGGACACGACGGAGCAGUGCAACGCAGUCAUCUCCCAGUUCAACGGGAAAUUCAUCAAGUUAGCUUCUGGAGCUCUGGGCCCAUCUCAACCUCUGUUAUGUAAGUUUGCGGACAGUCAAAGAAAGAAACACGCUCACAGUGGAUAUGUGCCCAAUGGACAGUCAAGCGAUCUCAGACUAGGUGCAAUGACUUUGACUUAUGACCCCUCCACAGCAGCCAUACAGAGCGGGUACUAUCCCUCCCCAUAUCCAGUGACCAAUAGAAUAAUGACUGUGCAGCCUGCAAUGUCUCCGUACAUGUCUCCUGUCUCUGCUUACCAGGUUCAGAGUCAUUCUUGGGUGGCACAUCAACCAUACAUCAUGCAACACCCAGCUGCUGUGAUGUCUCCCUCUGUGGAUCCCUCCAUGUCAAUGCAUCCCACAGCUAUGAUUACUCAGCAGAUGGGCCAGCUGUCGUUGGGAAACACAGGAACGUACAUUGCUGCCAACCCAGGGGUCCAGGGAGCCUAUAUGCCUCAAUACCCCCCACUGCCGCCAGCAGCUGAAAACGGCACGCUGCAGCAAGUGGAUUCAUCCAAUAACUCGUCUCCUUACAGUCAACUCAGCAAGUAAUACACAGGCCACCUUGCAGCUCAGAGAGCCCGAGGGCAGUUGGAAAGCUGCUGAGGAUAUUGCAGGGAUGAAAGCAACCGCCUGCCCUGAUUGGACCAGAUACACAAACAUUUCUUUUGCACAGCCCCGACAUUUUUAGUGGGAAUUGAACAGAAGUGGACUUAAACAGUCGGCCAAUCAAAGGGGAAAAUCAACGAAAAAAAAAAAAAAAAGUAGAUCUAUUUUGAUAAGAACCAACAUCCCUCUCUUACUCUCCUUUUCAACAACACUUUCCCGCCCACCUUCACCCCACCCCCAAUCAUAGUAUGAUGUGACAUUGCAUUGCAUGUGACUGGGAUUAUUUUCACCUCCUUUUCGAGUUCCCCAUGAUUUUAGAGCCUGUUUCAUUGUUGGUGUACAGACGUCAGCAGGCCUCGUUUGCACUGAAACUUUUAGAAUAACUUCUUAUUGGUUUUCAGAGCUACAGGAAAGUGAAACGCUGACGGGAAGUCGGUCCGAACUGCACUUGAAAGCUAACAUAGAUGACCAUUUCAUUAGGAAAUUAUCGAAUUUAUUAUUGGAAACGGUGCCUUCCUCACAUAACAUUGAACAUCGUCCAUCUAACUUGAUCAGGUGUCAUUCUUCUAUUCCAAUUGAUCAAUAGUGUGUGUGAAAUCAUGGAAAUCUCCAUGAAGUGUUUCGCUAUCUAGUUGUUUGGUAGCAAUAUAGACAAUGACAGUUCCACGGCAAUACUGAGAACAAAGGUGACAAACUCAGAGCAUGGUAAUUUCUUAUUUUUCCUUUUUCCUUACCUUUUUUUAAUUUCAUUUCCUUUUUUCUUUUUUUUUGAAUGAACUAAACAUUAAACACGAGCCGUACUUUUAUGACUUUACAAGUUUGAAUCCCAAUGGGCAUCUCUUUCAAAGGCUUUUUGUUUUCUCUAGUGGUCGGUUUGACCAGUUAUCUACCUCACGGUUUCGCUGGACUCGGCUGGUGCUGUCGGGUUUGCAGGUAAAGCCCCUUCGCGCCAGACUGAUCGCUGCAAACCAGAAGCCACGCUCAGGAGCUGGCUAAAUAGGACUUCUGCCGUUUGUCUCCCAUGUGCAGCAUUCCUCCUCUUAAUCAUCAAUAUGGGGAAAAAGAUGCUUUUUAAAAUUUAUCCCAAUUUGUCUUUCCUUUUAUUGUGUUUUUUUUUUCCCAUAACAUGACAACCAAUGCUCCAUUUUAGAAACUCAUAGUUUCUCUGUAAAGCAGUUACUAUUUUGUUAGAUAUUUCACAUUUCACCUGCUUACUGUAAAGAUAAAACAUGCCAAACCAUUUAGAUGAGCGUAAAAAAAACAUCAAAAAUAAAACAAUCAGGAAUAAAGUACUGAAAAAAAAAGUUAUCUUUAUGUAGUUUGAUGGUUUUUGAAAUUGAAUAGCAAAACUAUAUUUCUUAAAAUCUGCAAGCUACUUCCUUACUGUGAGGGCCAAAAGUAAAAAGCAGAGUAGUUUCACUUCUUCGUUGUUCUCUUUUUUCCUUCUGGAUGAAUUUCUGACGAACAAUCAUCUGGAAAGAGGAAAAAAGGUCAAAGCAAAGUACCAUUGUGGUGCUUCCUCCUGAGCUGCUCUGCUUAAAACAGUGGGAGGUGAACACAGACAAAUUACAGCCGGACAUUUUACUGAACGUACUUUUCUUUUCUGAAGAUUUGUUGCUGGGAAAAAAAAGUAAAAAAAAGAAAAGAAACAAAAAAAACAACAACUUGUUUUUCUCCUUGCCUCCCUCCUGUCACCAUCUACCGAUUCUCAAACAACCCUCUCCUUGCUCCUUUGGAAACAUUGAAUUAAAAACAAUAAAACAUUCUUCUCUUUCUCAGA